AUGCAACCAAACAAGUUUGCGCGACGAGCAAAGUCACGGCGCCUGGGAACCCUUUAUGUUUGUCUUGUGACAAAGGGUACGAAUGUACAAACUGCAAUCAAUACUACCAAGUGCUGGGGUAACCUGAAGCAACGGGAUCACCCCUCGGUCAAAUUCCAUGUUCUUGUGGACAGCGAGAAUUCUGACUCAUUUUCCCAACUCCCAUCGUAUAUCAAAGUUGACCAGGUACCGAAAGAUGUCCCUGUCAAGAAGGCCAAGUAUAAGGCCCGGGCACAGGAGUACUUCCGAUUGAAGUACAAAUUCUCGAAAGAGGACUGGGUGCUGCAUUUGGACGAGGAGUCGGAGAUGGAUGACCGCGCCUUACAGACGACGUUGGACUUCAUCGAGCGAGGCACGGCAGACCUUGGAAUGGGCACGAUUUACUACACAUCCGCCAACCACUGGAAAAACAUGUUUCUAUCUGCGGCAGAGGUGGCGCGGGUGACUGAAGACUAUGGGAGAUUCCAACUACCUCUGCUGCUCUUCAAUCGUCCCUUUGUAGGCUGGACACAUGGAUCAUGGCUCCUUAUCAAUGGCGCUGUGGAGAAUGCGAUUGGUUGGGACACAGACAAUGUGUGCGAGGACUACUGGUUUGGAUACCAUGCUGCUGCUCGUGGCUACAAAUCGGAAUGGCUUCACGCUAUCUUCCGCGAGCAACCACCGUGCACUUUUAAAGAUUUGUGCAAACAGCGGCGCCGCUGGUUCACAGGGAUUUUCUUCUUCGAAAAGCCCAUUGCGGGGAUUGUGUUGACCCUCGGGAUCUUAGCUGGGCUAGGCAUGUUGAUUUAG